ACAACCUUCACUGUCAGCAACGAGCAUAUAGCUCGCAGCAAGCCUCCAACGAUGUCCUUUCCUCGGCAUUGUAUCAAUUCAGAUCUGUUUGAUUAUAGCUGAAAGUGUUCACGAUGACGGGGAAAGAUCAACCGGUAGCGCUGGUGGUUGGAGCUUCGAGGGGCAUUGGGAGACAGGUUGCUAUUGAUUUAGCGAAGAAUGGAUAUACUGUGGUGGUAGCAGCCAAAUCCACGAGCGAUGCGUAUGCGAAGCCCUUCCCUCCGGAUCCCAACUCGCAGCAAUCGACCAUCAGCACCGUCGAGCGGGAGAUCCGGGAAGCUGGCGGGCGGGCGACUGCUAUUGCCGUCGAUACGAGAGAUUACGAGAGUGUGCAGAGGCUUGUCAAUGAGACGGUGAAGAUAUACGGGCAUCUUGAUGUCGUGAUCUAUAAUUCGGGCGCUAUAUGGUGGGCGUCGGUUGAGAAUACACCCAUGAAGCGAUUCCAGCUCAUGCAACGGAUUAAUCCUGAAGGGCUGUACGGUACGAUUCAAGCUUCGCUGCCGCAUUUCAAGCAGAAUGGGUGGAAGGGUCGGGUUAUUGUUGUUUGUCCGCCUAUAUAUUCGCGUUUCUUUCGAGGGAAGACGGCGUAUGCUAUGGGGAAGGUGGGCAUGAGUGUCCUUGUCAAGGGAUUGGCUAUGGAUUGGGAGAGGGAGGGGAAGAAAGAUAUGGCUGUGACUGGGAUUUGGCCUGCUUCGUCAAUUGAAUCCGCUGCUACGGGUCAAAUCACAAAGACGGACCCACACUCUGUUCGUGAUCUACGCAAACCUACCAUUUAUUCGGAUGCUAUUUUAGCUAUGCUCCGAGCGCCUGUUUCCGAAGUCAAUGGGCUAUUGGAUCUUGAUGAGGACUUUCUGCGCAGAGUUGAAGGGGUGACCGAUUUCUCGAAAUACUCUGUUGUUGAAGGGGCAGUGCCGAGACGUAUCAUGCCUGCUGAGUUUCCAGACUUGACAGUUGCGGAGCAGGCGGAUGAAGGGAGGAGGACCGAUAGUACGAAGUUGAGGGCUUCUAAGCUAUGAGAUGUUUGACUUGAGUACGUAGCUUUUGGAGUAAAAUAAGACCUUAGGAGCGCUGAUUUCUGUGUCUAGUGCUGUCUCAUGAACGGAAACUCUAAUGCAACUUCCGUCUCGAGUCAAUCAGGAC